AUGCAGGCAUAUCUUCAGUAUCGCCGGGUUGGCAAUGCCGUGCGCAGGCAGCUGGACGAGUAUUUGGAACUGAGCCGAAGCCAUGGUCGAAAGACAAGAAAUGGGUGUUCAAUCGAGGACGGAAGCGACACCGCUGGCGAAGACCUACAGCAAGCACCGCAGCCAACAUGUCCGUCCACUUGGAUCAACUUGGGCAUUCACGUUCGGGAGAUCGUCGACAGCACCGGCUCACCCACACGUCUCUUCCUCGUGGACUGGGAAAAUGAUCACGAUCCCCUCAAGCCGAGCAACUACAGCCUACCUCGGCGCAUCUCGGCCACGCUGAUCGUCACCGCGCUGGCCUUCGUUGUGGGAGCCGCCUCAUCCAUCGAAUCCGGCGUUCUCCCCCAGAACAGCGCCGCCUUCCACGUCAGCGAGGUCGUCGCCUCCCUGGCAACGGGCAUCUACCUCCUCGGCUUCGCGGCGGGCUCGCUCGUCUCAGGACCCCUCUCCGAGAUCCUCGGCCGAAACGCCGUCUACGCAGGCUCCCUAACCCUCUUCAUGCUCUUCGUGAUGGCCUCCGGGCUAGCCCCCAACAUCGGCGCGCAACUCGCCUGCCGCUUCCUCGCGGGCGUCUUCGGCUGUCCGCCCCUCACCUGCGCCGGCGGCACCGUCGCCGAUCUCUGGGACCCGCUCGAGAAGACCCUCGCCUUCCCGCUGUACGCGAUCCUCUCGUUCGGCGGGCCCGUCCUCGGCCCCGUCAUCGCCUCGUACAUGGGCCAGGGGACGCUCUCCUGGCGCUGGACGAACUGGAUCAUCCUCCUCGCCUCCGGCCUCGUCCUGGCGCUCGUCCUCCUCUUCCAGCCAGAGACAUACAGCCCACUCCUGCUGACAUGGAAAGCGCGACACCUGCGCACCCUGACGGGCGAUGAGCGGUACCGCGCCGAAAUGGAGCUCGAGAAAACGGCCGUCUUCGCGCGCAUCUGGACCGCGUGCGCGCGCCAGGUUCUGCUCACCGUCCACGAACCCAUCAUCCUGCUCAUCUCGCUGUACAUGACCGUCCUGUACAUCGUGCUCUUCACCUUCUUCGACGGGUACUCGUUUAUCUUUGGCGACGUGCACGGGCUGUCGCAGGGGCUGACGAAUAUCGUCUGGGUGGCCAUGUACGCGGGCAUCCUGCUGGCUGGGCUCGCGGUGCCGGUCGUGUAUAUCUGGACGAAGCGCGAGUUUGCACAGCAGCCUACCCCCUCUGAUUCCGAGGCCAAGGGUGGGAUCGGUGCGGGUGCUGGUGCGGGUGCUGGUGCUGCCAGAGCACAAGUCCAAGUCCGAGCCCGCCCCGAGAACAGGCUUUGGUUCGCGAUGCUGGGCGCACCCUGUAUCCCCAUCGGACUGUUCUGGAUGGGCUGGACGGACUACGCCUCAAUAUCGAUCUGGUCGCCUAUACUCGCAUCCGCGGUCUUCGGCUUCGGCACCAUCGCCGUCUUCAUCAGCUCGUACAUGUACGUCAUCGACUCGUACGAUAUCUACGCUGCCUCCGCGCUGGGCUUCAUGACGGUCUCGCGGUACUGCGCUGCCGGGGGGAUGACGGUCGUGGGGAUCCCGUUCUAUGCGAAUUGCGGGGUGCAGUAUACGCUGACGAUUCUGGGGUGUAUCAGUGCUGUGAUGACGGUUGUGCCGUAUGUGUUUUACAGGUUUGGAGGCGUGAUUAGGGGGUGGUCGCGGUAUGCUGUGGGUAGUCAUAGGAAAGUUUUCGUCUGA